AUGUCACAGGGUGCAUCUACCACGGCACAGUCCAGAACAUGGACCUGGACCCGCGACGGCUUCCUGAUCUCCACGGACCCAUCACUCAUCCCCAUCCCGGCUCUGAACAAAGCAUUCGCCUCGAAGGAGAUGUACUGGGCAAGCCCGCUACCCGAACAAGCCAUGGGAGAAAUGCUGGCCAACUCGUUAAGCUUUGGCCUGUAUUCGCCGACGCCAUUGCCGCCUCGGAGUCGCACGACGGACACCGAAGCAGGAGAAGAGGGCGUCUUCUCCACCUCAGGCAUCGUCGACCCGGCCGAGACGCUGCAUGAGAUCGCCACGUCUGUGAGAACAGAAUCUUCUGCUCGCCAAAACCAAGGGCCCGAUGACAGGCCGUCGUCUUCGAGAUCGGAUCCGGAUCCAGACCCAGAGUCCUCUCUGAUAGGCUUUGCACGCGGAGUCACCGACCGCGUCACCUUCUUCUACUUGACCGAUGUCUACAUCCAGCCUGAAUGGCAGGGUCAGGGGCUGGGGAAAUGGCUCAUCAGCUGCGUCCAGGAAUGUGUCGAGGAUAGCAUGCCGUAUCUGCGCAGGACUAUGUGUAUUAUCGGCCACGCGAGGGACAGCGGAGUCCAGUUCUACGGGAAGUUGAUGAAGAUGGAGCCUCUGCAAGGUGAGGCCAUGGUGUUGGCAUGGAAAGGGCCGGGAUGUUCGUUCUAG